GGCUGAUGCGUCCGUUGCUACCUAAACGUUGAGGAUAUUGCAUUAAGGUUUUCACUGAGUUGGAAUAUGCCAUAAAGACAAUGCAGGAAAAUUAAAGUAACUAAUGAAUUGGACUUUCACAGGGAUAUGAUAUUUAGGUGACAUGAGAUGGCUGUAGCACAAGAAGCACCACAGCAUUACAGCCUAAUCAUGGACCCUGGAUUACAACGUCCACAGAGUGCCCUGGGUCAGAGAGGGGUGAUGAUCACAGAAUACAAGGAGGCCAGAGUCAACCCAGAGCCCAUUGUGUUAGAGGAGACAGACCUGUUGCUAGAGGAAUAUCUUUCUCCAAGAAAAUUGAGGUUGCUGACAGGCCUGGAUAAUCUAGAGGAAGUGAAAUACCUGGAGAUGAAAGUUGAUACUUCAGAAACCAGUCUGGGAAACUUUGGCCAGUACCUUCCAAGUCUGACGCAGUUGAAGCUUGCUAACAGUAUUAUAGCUUCUGUGAGAGAUCUUGGUUCCUGUUUCUCAAAGUUACGAGUUCUUUGGAUGCAGAGGUGUGGUUUACAUGAUCUGGACGGCAUAUCUUCUAUGUGUAACCUGAAAGAACUUUACUUAGCCUACAAUGAAAUCUCUGACAUCAGUCCAUGUGGGAUGUUGGACCAAUUGAAGAUUCUAGAUUUAGAAGGGAACAACAUAGAUGAUGUUGCUCAGAUUGAAUUUCUCUCUCUGUGCUCAAGUCUGACACAUUUGACUUUGGAUGGAAACCCUGUGUGUAUUACGCCUUCACCUGAGAAAGCAGUGCCUGACUAUGACUUCAGACAGGCUGUAAAGAAGUGCAUUCCCAAUCUAAUGUAUCUGGAUGAUGAGCCUCUUGUUAUUACCUCUGGAAAGUCAGACCUUGGCAAGAAGACAUCUUCAGUAUUUUUAGAUGAUUGGAAGUUAAUAAAUGAAAUGAUGGAAGAUGUCACUGUUGGGUCUAGUGAAAGCUUAGAUGGUUCCGGGAAAAGUCGACCAGGGACAGCCUUUCGACCUACCACUGGUUAUAGACCAGGGUCUGCCCUGAAAAGGCCGACUACUGCCAGACCUUUGACUACAGCCAGUGGAAAGAGGCCAGGCUCAGGGGGAAGACCUGGUACAUCUGUCAAAGGACCAGAGGAAGUUGUAGAAGAGCCAGAUGAUGGCAGUGACCUGACACUAGGUGGAGUAGUGUGUGGAAAUCCUUCCAAGGCACUUAGAGCCAAGAGAAAAGAAUCACUAAGGAUGCAAAUGGCUGACAACCCUCCUCCAUUAUUUGCUCAACAUAAGUUUAAACCAGAGCACUCCUAUGAUACAAUUAUGGAGGAGAACUCUGAUAUGAAAGAAAUAAUAGAAGAACUGAAAGAAUGGAGAUCAGAACAUGACAGACGGGUACACCAAAUAGAAGAAUCUCGAGCUCCACAGGUAUUAAAGUUAUCUGAUCUAAUAUCGAGUGGAGAAGAUGAGCCUGUUUCAGAUACAGAAGACCUAGAUCCACUGAGUGAUAGUCUUGAUGUGACCAGUAGUAUAGAAGUUAGUAGCAGAGGCAGAGAAAACUCUUUAAAGGAGGACUAUGGGAGGAAAGAGAGCCCUACUCCCAGGCCUCCUGCUGACCAAGGUGCCAAACCUAAGUUUAGAAGAAAGGUACGUGGCAAAUCCCAGGAGGGUAUACAGCUAGGGGGAGCUGAUCACGACGAGUCCUUUAAAGUGGAGAACAGUGAUGAUUUCGUGAGAGGCAGUAGUGACAGUAUCAAUAGUGACUUAUCGAAAAGUACAGAGACUCCAUUACAAUCUGCACAGACUAAUGAGAGGCCAGUGCCUAAUUCUGUGCCACAGAGUGAAAAUGGUGUACAGGAAAGGUUGUCAUCACCUAAGAGACUUCAUAGUCCAAAAGCCAAAAGCAGAAGUACAGGGCAUGUUCAAGCACCAACUGUGCCAAUAGUUUCUACUGCUGAUGAAGAUAGGCCUCAUUCAGGACCAGUGCCAGCCAGCAAGGGGAUAUUUAGGUUAGAACCCAGACCUGACAAAAAGGCACCAAAAACCAUAGACAGAGCUCAUCCUAUAAUAAGAGCAGAGGUUCAGAGUCCCAAGGCCAAGGUCCCUGUGGGACCACGUGCCCUGACUGCUAAAGCUGCUCUUGGUUCUUCCCCACAAGUUGGGGCACCCAGGAUACGGAGACAGUUACCUCAGGUGCCCAGCCUUCCGUCCAAACCAGCCAUGCCUAAGUGAAUGGAGUGUUAUUACUCU